AUGGUGGAGUAUCUGCCUGACUCUGUUCUGUCUAGACACAGCAGCAUCCAAACCUUGCUGGUGGACGCAGUUUAUGAACCAGUCCGCAAUUUUUUGCACCAGUCCGCUAUUUGGUGUGCACAAUUUGAUGCUCAAUAUAUCUCAUUAUUAGGCCUACAUUUUUAUUGAUUUAUUAUAGCACAUUUUAUCUAACCAAUGCUUUCACUCUCUGUACCACAAUGUUUCAUUUAAGGUUACUAUCCCAAUACAGUUCACUUAUUUAUAUUGAUAUGACUUUAUUUCUGGGUGGACAAUUUCCAGUUCUGUGAGCGCAUGUUUCCAGAGCAUGUUUACAAGAACACACAGGUAGGAUACACUUCAGUAUCAUAUAGCAAUAUUUUGAUAGCCUAAACUAUAGUAUAUGAUUUCUUGCAAUUUCAAAGGGGUAAAUUGGAAGUUUAACAAUGUAAUUUAUGAGACACCCUAAUGCCUAAAACCUUGUUUUAUUUUAUCCAGGGCGAGGAUGUCUCUGUGGUUGCUUUAGAGGCUUUGGGAUAUAUGGCCCAAUUAUUUAACAGCCUGACUUCUGUUACCUGCAACAAGGAAACACUGAACCUGUUCAAAAACAGAUUACCAGUUAAAUUAAGAAAUUAGAGGGAUGCGUAAGUAUGAUCCCUCAUGGUGUAGCCUAAGCUAUAUUUGGGGGGCAGACAAUCAUUGGCAUAGGUCUUUAAUUUGUGAUUUAAUAUAAGCGAUACAUUUUCAGAACCUGUCUUAAGACAGAACUAAUUCACUCACCACCAUUUUACUUUGUCUCCAGGUCAGAUGUGGUGUUGGGGCAUCCUCUGGAGUGUUGGUUACUUCAGGCAACGCGUCUAUGAAAACAUACUUCGACAAGCUGAACACCAUCUUGAAACAGACGGUGGGUCCAAUAUAAAAUGUACUGGAAAAAAGGCUAAAUUAAUCAGAGGAAAAGUUCUAGAUCACCACAAAUCGGAUGAAUUUCGCUGCCACAACUCACAUCUGAAACUUGGAACUUCCAAGCGCCGUUUUAGUGUCGUCGGAUGCGCUGGUGCAGCACCUGCUGUGGUUGAGUUGAGUGAAAAAAUGCAUGUCUUGUAUGCGCUCCAGGAACACAGCGCAUGUGCAUGGGAGAUAGUGGGAGCGGAGGUUCGCUACAAAAUUGUGCAGUUUUAAAAAUCCCUCCCAAAUUCAUUCACUUUAACUCAUAAUUUAGUGAGACUCGCUUUCACUUUUUGUACAUCCUUUCAAUCGUCACUAUUUAAGUUAAUCCGCAGAUAUGGGAUCAGAACACAAACCACAUUCUAAUUGGAGGAAAUGUGCAAUAUACUGGUAACACGUGAGUCAACAAUAUGCUAUCAUUUGAUCAAUGCUUCAGGCUUCAAUGAAUGAAUCAUUUUCAGAAAUAUAUUCAACUAACACUGAUCAUCUGCUACAGGUCGUCUAACUACCCUGAGAAUGGCACUUCAGACUAUCACUUGGAUGAGCGCCUUCCUCUGCCUCGCACAAGUUUGCUCCAUGCCCAUGCCUUGCCAGCUACAAGGCCAGCUGGUGCGAACAACCCACAACCUACUGAGAGACAUGGUACAUUUUUUAAAUUACUUUUGACUUGAGGUGUAUUAUCCAACUAUGUUUAACUGAAUAGCUCAACGUGAAUACUGUGUUUUCUCUUUCUUUCAGGGGGGUCAUUUUCCUCUGGAGUGCCUGCAGCACAAUGUCUUCCUGGCAUUCCCAGCCGCCGCAUUUGCAACCGGCGCGCCACAGGUAAGGGAAAGCGCGCAUAUCCAAGGGUUCUUUACAGCAUGAAAUAGUUUUUUGCAAUCGUUAGGAUUAGAAAGUAGAAAACUUUAAACUGCCAUUUAUGUUAUUUGAAAUUAUUGUUGUUGUCCGUUUCAGUUGAGCAGCAGCGGUGCUAAGGCUAUUUAUGAUACAUUGAAGAACAUCGACUCAUUGUUUGGAGCUGACGACCUGCCCACUAAGUGGGACCAACAGAAGUUGGAGAAUUUUCAGAAUAUUAUAUACCGCCAGAUUGAAGAGAGCAAAUGUGUGAGUUGCUAUGCCAACACAGAUAGCUUAACUGUUUAAUUGUGGUAUGGUGGCAUUUUAAUUAUUAUUAAUCGCCUGCCUCUUUCUUUCUGGCAGAUGAUGGGCAGUGUGGAUACAAGUGAUUAUCCCAUCAGGGCAGAGGGACUGAAUGCAUACUUUGGGCACAUUGCAGCAGUCCUAAAAGAAAAGGUAGGCUAUAGGGUAAAAACAAAGACACAUUGUUUUGAUACAUCUCUACAUUGGACAAUAUUACGCUAUAUUGCCCUAACAGUUUUUUGUAUUUUCACAGAAUUUCAGUUACUGCGCCUGGGAAGUGGUUCGAAAAGAGCUCCUGUACACCCUACAGUUCAUUCUGGAACACAACUCUGAUAGCCUUUUGUGGUCCAACAGAACAUGAAUUUGAACGUGCAGAAUUGAUUUACAUACUGUACUUGAUUUUGAUUGCCUACCAUUGUACAAUUAUGUAAUGUGUGAUGUCAAACUGCAAUAUUAUACAUGUAUGUAUAUAUUUAUUUAUCAAGGUUAUUUAUUUAUGUAGGCCUAUUUAUAAAUGUAUUCAUUUAUCUCUUUGAAAAUCGUGCCUAUAUGUUAAUCUUCAUCAAAUGUUAAAUUAAUAAACUUUUUCUACUUUUAAAUAUUAUUAAUCUGAGUGCUCAUUCUGUUGGCAAGUCUGUCGGUGUGUGAACAUUCAGAUUUGGAUUAAACAUGCUCGGGACAUAUGCACGGAUGGCAGUACAAUUAAUUAUAUAGCCUACUAAUCCAUAAAGGAAAGCCAUUCAAACAAGUAAAAUGUAUCUUCUCAAAAUGUAGUUAUAUUCAAAAGCCUUUUUUCAAUGAAGUGUGUUUUAGUACUGGACAGGGCGGGCCUGUUUUGAACGUUUCACUUUGAGCUCCUAUACGAAUUCCGUUCCUACCAUAGAGAUCCUAUUAAAUUAUUCGAAUUCCAAAUUCUAUGGUUUCAACCCCCUCUGUGAAAUUGGUUCCACAAUCGUACUCCUGAGUGGGGCAGUGGUCUAAGGCACUGCAUCGCAGUGCUAACUGUGCCACUAGAGAUCCUGGUUCGAAUCCAGGCUCUGUCGCAGCCGGCCACGACCGGGAGACUCAUGGGCGGCGCACAAUUGGCCCAGCGUCGUCCAGGGUAGGGGAGGGAAUGGCCGGCAGGGAUGUAGCUCAGUUGAUAGAGCAUGGCGUUUGCAACGCCAGGGUUGUGGGUUCGAUUCCCACGGGGGGCCAGUAUAAAAAAAAUAUAUAUAUAUAUAUAUAUAUUCACUAACUGUAAGUCGCUCUGGAUAAGAGCGUCUGCUAAAUGACUAAAAUGUAAUAACGUAAUCGGAACAAUAUUAGCCGAAUAGAAAGAACAGGUGCACAGUGAAUUCACAAGCAGUGAGGUAAAUGGUCGAACUUUAGCCUUCAUUCAACACUAUCAGUCUUUCUAUUAAUAACUUCUAUUUUAUUUCAAUUAUGUGCAAUAUAAACACUGAACAGCCAUAUGCUUCAGAUUGCACUGCCUGAUUAAAAGAGAGUCAACAGACUAAAUGUGUGAGCAAAAUGUGGUCUCUGUGAAACGCCUAUUGAAACAAUUGUUCUUGCUAACCCUACACAGAAUCUGAAAAGUGUGGUGUACAAUGUCCACAAUUUCAGCAUAUUUAUAUUGAACAUGGCCCUCAUUUAAUAAGACAGAGUCCUGCACCAUUGUAUUAUAGCGUUAUUCGUUUUUCAUAUUCAAUAUUGCCUGCUGAAUAACUGCUGAAUGUUAUCAUUAAAUAAGACAGUCGUGGGCAUUGGUAUUUAAUUUAGACACUACAGUUACUUAUUUAUUCAAAUAUUUUAUGUAUCUUUCAUAAGACAGAACUAAUGCACUCACCACCAUUUUAUGUUAUCUCCAGGUCGGAGGUGAUGUUGGGGCAUCCUCUGGAGAUGGAGGGUCGGUUACUGCAGGCAACGCGUCUCUCAAAACAUAUUUCGAUAAGAUGAACACCGUCUUGAAACACAAGGUCGGUCCAAUAUCAAAUGCCCUCGAAAAUAGACUAAUUUAAUCUGAGCAAAAGUUCUAGAUCACCACUAAUUGGAUGCAUUUCUCUUCCACAACUCACAUAUGAAACUGGGAACAUCCAAGCGCCGUGGUAGUGUCGUUGGAUGCGUUGGCGCAGCACUUGCUGUGGUUGAGUUGACUGAAAUGUUUGUAUUUAUUUUAUGCUCUCCAGGAACACAACACAUGCGCAUGCGAGAUCGUGAGAGAGGAGGUUCGCGACAACCUGAUGCAUGUCAAGAAAUUCCUCGACAGCAGAGUCAAGCCGUGA